UUAGCGCCCGGCUAAGGCCGCCUGAGAGAACCCGACGAGAGGCCGGAAGCACUCGGAAGUCACGUGCUCCCCGGGCCUCGAGUGUGAUUGGCUUGGAAGGACGUGAAUGAUGCUGCUGUGAUUGCUGAAUUGUCUGGGCAGGGUUUGGAGUCUGGUAAGCUCUGGUGACCUGUGCAUCCUUCUGGAGGAAGUGGAGGGAGAGGCCUGCUUUCUCUGGACUCUAGCGGUCACAACCCCAUCAGAGCCCUGAAGGCCCACCUCAGGCGUCAUCAACAUGGAGUUCUGAAGUCCAUGUGGCUCCUCACAGUGACCCAGGUCUUAAGGAAAAUGCAGAGGCGCCACAGCAGUAAUACGGAUAACGGUCCACCUGAAAGAAAUCGCAGCCAAGCGCUCAGCUCUGAGGCGAGCGUGGAUGAAGGCGGUGUCUUUGAGAGUCUGAAGGCAGAGUCGGCCUCCCCACCUGCGCUCUUCUCUGGUCUCCCCGGCCUCCCAGCGGGCAGCCUGCCCGCCACCCCGUUUCCGUCCAGCCUGGUGCUUGGGGCAUCGGCCGGAGGCGGGGACGUGUUCAUCCAGAUGCCUGCGUCCAGGGAGGAGGGCGGGGGCCGGGGCGAGGGGGGCGCCUACCACCAUCGCCAGCCCCACCACCACUUCCACCACAGCGGCCACCGCGGGAGCUCACUGCUGCAGCACGUGGGCGGGGACCAUCGCGCCCACUCGGACGAGGGUGGCGACGAGCAGCCGGGGACGCCCGCCCCUGCCCUGUCCGAGCUGAAGGCCGUGGUCUGCUGGCUCCAGAAAGGCCUGCCCUUCAUCCUGAUCCUCCUGGCCAAAGUGUGCUUCCAGCACAAGCUCGGCAUUGCCGUGUGCAUCGGGAUGGCUAGCACCUUUGCCUACGCCAACUCCACGCUGCGAGAACAGGUCUCUCUGAAGGAGAAGAGGUCGGUGCUGGUCAUUUUGUGGAUCUUGGCCUUUCUGGCGGGGAACACCCUAUAUGUGCUCUAUACGUUCAGUUCCCAACAGCUGUACAACAGCCUCAUAUUCCUAAAGCCCAACCUGGAGACGCUGGACUUUUUCGACCUGCUGUGGAUUGUGGGCAUCGCUGAUUUUGUGCUGAAGUAUGUCACCAUUGCCCUCAAGUGCCUCGUCGUGGCCCUGCCCAAGAUCAUCCUGGCUGUCAAGUCUAAGUGACCAAAGUGGCAUCUAGAUGCAAGGGAACCUGGGAGAAACAGUCUUU